AUGGCCUCAUCCCAAGUGGAAAUUGCGACUUCGUCUCCCUUUGGUUUUAGACAGAGCAAUCUAAAUAAGCUGGUGAAGUCGUGCAUGCCCAAUGACAACAAAUCCCAUUCCCAUUCCCACCACAUUGAUUUUGACGACUUAUGGGUUCACCAUCCUCAAUGGCAAACAAACAAUAAUCAAUCCGGUCCUACUAACACCAGCACCAGCACCUGCACCACCAAAAAGGACAAUAAUAAAGAUAAAUGGUCAAGAGCUCGCCAAAUUAUUUUCCCCAUUGAUCAUGACAAGCUCUCAUCAAACGACGAGGGUUCCAAUUUACGUGGCGUCUCCUCUCUAGUUCAAAAAUGGAGAGGGUUUGAGGCCAAACGCAGCACAACCAGCAAUAAUAAUAACAUAGUUAGCAAGACAAAUGUAGAAAAAUAUGCAGAUCCACCCACGCCUGCCCCUUCUCUGAAUGAAGAUAGGUAUGGCGAUUGGGAUUCCAAUCGAACCUGCGGCUCACCUUCGGAUUCUGAGACGGAUAGGCUGAGGGUUGCUGACAUCAUCAAGAAGUUGUCGGACAACGAGACUGGGUGUGAAUCUCCCCCACCGGCGGCUACUCGUGUUAUUAGAACCUCUCUACCAAAUCAAUCGGAGGGUUCCCCAAUCGUGAAUUCACCGCGAAUUAGGGGUCGGCAUGCAUUUAAUGAUCUGCUCAUGAGGUUGGAACGAGAUAGACACAUAGAACUCCAGGGGAUUGUUGCCCGUAGACCUGUUUCCAAAUUCUCUCAUCGAGGUCGCAUUCAGGCUCUGCUUCGGUUUCGAUUCCUACAUCGUGGCAUGGAAGCUAAAGAAUAUUGCUAUCCAAAUGACAAAUCAUCUCAAACACAAAAAUCUGUGCAUCCUUCUACUUUAAAUGCCAGGGAAAUACCUAAUUCCAGUAACCAAAACGACUCAGGAUGCUGCAAAAAAGAAGUGAUCACAAAUAAUGAUACGUCAUCAAUUUCGCGGGCAACCAAUCAACAAAAAUAUAAAAACGAAUCCAAUGAAGUCACGUGUAUAAAGAGGUUACCCGAAAAAAGGAUGACAAAUCACAUCCAAGACCUCGAAGGCUCUGUAACAUGUUCAGAAAGUUCUCAUCAAACAAUAUUUGAUGCACAAGAAAAUGUUGGACUGCUGCUACAUAGUUGUGAAAAGCUUGAUCGUGAAAUGAGUCCAUUUUCAAUCUUUUUGAAGCAAGAAACCACCUUAGAGGAGGUUAAAUUGAAUGAAAUCAAUGACAGGGAAAAUUUUGAAUACAAUAUCAAAAUGUGCAGCAUACAAAACAAAAAGAAGGAGGCUAAUGUAGUUCAUGACAUAAUAGAAAACAAUCACAACCAAACUACAAGAGGUGAUUGUCAGGAAUUUUCAUCGAGUAACAAUUGCAUGUAUUGGGAAAGUGAUGAUGUUCUCAAUCAAGAAAUUGGAUGGGAAGAUUUGCAGUGUGAUGAUAAGGACAACAAUGGAGAUGAUGAUGAUAACCAACAAAAAGAAGAAAACAAAGAUUGGAUAGAUGAAGUGUCUCGCCCUCGGAGUGAUUGGGAAGGUCUAAGGCAAGCAAGAUAUCAGGAGAUGCUUGAUCCUUUCCAAGACAACAAUGAAGACAUUCGAGCUCUACUCGGAAGGAAAACUGUCUCUACUUUUCUAUCCAGUGCCCUAAGAAAAAAGAUAGAUCAGGUUAUGAUAGCUCGUGCUCAAGCACCACAAUUUCUAAAUGAUGAUCAGAGGCAAAAAGAACAAAAUGAGAGUUUUCAAGUACCAAAAGUGUCAGUACCACCCAAACGCGAGAAAUGGGAAGAAGAAGAAGAAGAAGAAGAAGAAGAAGAAGAAGAAGAAGAAGAAGAAGAGCAAAGUGUUAAAGAAAACUACAAUAUUGAUAAUUUUAGCGAGUACGAAGAAGUUGUUGACAGCUCAGGGGGUCAACAAAACAACGAUUCGGAUUACUACACGGAUGUUAUCACAGAGUCUCCACUAGAAUCAUGGUCUCAAUUGAAUCAAAGUCGUGAAUUGAGUGAUUAUUCCAUUCGGGUGGCUUCUCUUUCUACACAAGAAUCUUCAUCACAUUAUUACUCGGAGAAUGCUCAACCUAACUCCUCAGAUAGCGCCCAUCCGUUACUUGACUUGGAGCUUAUAUAUGACUUGAGAAGGCAUAUGGAGCAACUGCACAGAGAGAUGUCUGAACUGAAAAACUCGAUUAAAUGUUGCAUGGACAUGCAAAUCAAAUUACAAUGUUCCAUAAAGAACGAAGAUACAACAACUUUCCAUAAUUCAGAAACAAAGAAUGGGAGACACUGUGUAGCGAAAAAGGUAGCAAGUGGAGGAAAGUGUUGUGUCUGCUGCAAAAUGCAAAUUGAUUCUCUUCUUUAUAGGUGUGGCCACAUGUGCACCUGCUUCAAAUGUGCUCAUAAGUUGCAAUGGAACAGUGGGAAAUGUCCAAUAUGUAGAUCUCCAAUUUUGGAUGUCGUUCAAACUUACUCCAAUCAUUCUUAAGUUACUGAACAAAUGAGUUCUUGCUUUGGAUAACCGU